UUCACUUUCCGGCUCAGCUCCACUCCUUACAGAUCCGAUUUCCCUUUUCCCGGCAGAAAUGUUGCCGCCGGAGCUUCAACCUCGUUCUUAUCGUCCCUACAUCUCCCCAUCCAUGAGCGCCCCAAACUUCCCUACCACCUUCAACAAUGGCUACUCUCCUGAACGGAACCCUAGCCCUGUUUACGCCAACGGCAGCACCAAUACUCGCCGAUCUCUCAAAAACUCUCGCUUCGCUCCCUCAUCUUUCGUACACAACGCUAGGAUCGCUAUCGCGCUUGUCCCAUGCGCUGCUUUUCUCCUCGACCUCGGUGGAACUCCAGUCGUUGCCGCCCUAACCCUAGGCCUUAUGAUCGCUUACAUUCUCGACUCACUCAACUUCAAGUCUGGUUCCUUUUUCGCCGUUUGGUUUUCUCUCAUAUCUGCACAGAUCACUUUCUUCUUUAGUUCGUCUCUGUUUCUGACCUUCAAUUCGAUCCCUCUUGGUCUCCUUGCCUGUUUUGUAUGCGCCCUGGCUAAUUUCUUGAUCGGCGUUUGGGCGUCUCUUCAGUUUAAGUGGAUUCAAAUCGAAUAUCCAACCAUCGUCCUCGCUCUGGAGCGUCUUCUCUUUGCCUGCAUCCCCUACAUAGCUUCGGUCCUUUUCAGCUGGGCAACUGUGUCUGCAGUUGGUAUGGUGAAUGCCUCCUACUAUCACAUGACGUUUAACUGUAUUUUCUACUGGCUAUACUCCAUUCCUCGCGUUUCAUCCUUUAAAUUGAAGCAAGAAGUGAGUUACCAUGGAGGAGAAGUUCCUGAUGAUAAUUUAAUCCUUGGCCAGCUCGAGAGCUGCUUACACACGUUGAACCUCUUGUUCUUCCCUCUGAUGUUUCACAUUGCAUCUCACUAUUCGAUUGUAUUUUCAUCCGCUUCUACAGUUUGUGACUUGUUCCUUCUUUUUUUCAUUCCUUUUUUGUUUCAACUAUAUGCCUCCACGAGGGGGGCUCUUUGGUGGGUCACCAAGAGUGAACACCAACUGCGGAGUAUCCGACUAGUGAAUGGUGCUGUUGCUUUGGUCAUUGUUGUAAUAUGCUUGGAGGUCAGGGUUGUUUUCCAUUCCUUUGCGCGGUACAUUCAGGUUCCCUGGCCUUUGAAUUAUCUUCUGGUCACGGCGACAAUGCUAGGAGGGGCUGCUGGUGCUGGUGCAUAUGAAAUGGGUAUGAUUGCUGAUGCUUCCAGUUCAUUGGCUUUCACUGGUUUGGCCGUCUUUGUGAGCGCUGCUGGAGCAAUCGUUGUGGGAUUCCCCCUGCUGUUCCUUCCACUCCCUUCAGUAGCUGGAUUCUACUUGGCUCGUUUUUUCACAAAGAAGAGCCUCACAUCAUAUUUUGCCUUUGUGGUGCUUGGGAGCUUGAUGGUCACAUGGUUUGUACUGCAUAAUUUCUGGGAUCUCAAUAUUUGGCUGGCAGGCAUGUCUUUGAAAUCCUUCUGUAAGCUUAUAGUUGCUGAUGUCAUAUUGGCCAUGGUUGUUCCUGGGUUGGCUCUUCUUCCUCAAAAGCUUCAUUACUUAACAGAGGUUGGUUUGAUUGGUCAUGCAUUGCUGCUGUGCUACAUCGAGAAUCGUUUUUAUACUUUCUCUGGCAUAUAUUACUAUAGUUUCGAUGAUGAGGUAAUGUAUCCAAGUUAUAUGGUGGUUCUAACAACUUUUGUGGGAUUGGCCCUUGUGAGAAGACUUUCUGUGGAUCACCGCAUUGGACCAAAAGCAGUUUGGGUACUAACUUGCUUGUAUUCAUCAAAGCUGGCAAUGUUGUUUAUGACAUCAAAGGCAGCUCUAUGGGCUUCUGCCGUUCUUUUAUUGGCUGUAUCUCCUCCAUUGCUUCUAUACAAAGAUCGAUCAAGAACAGCCUCGAAGAUGAAGCCUUGGCAAGGUUAUGCACAUGCUGCAGUUUUUGCUUUGUCAGUCUGGUUUUGUCGUGAAACAAUUUUUGAAGCUUUGCAAUGGUGGAACGGUAGAUCUCCAUCAGGCGGUUUACUUUUGGGAUUCUGUAUCCUCUUGACAGGAUUGGCUUGUGUACCAAUUGUUGCCCUUCACUUUUCUCAUGUCAUGUCUGCCAAAAGAAGCUUAGUACUCGUUAUAGCAACUGGUCUUCUUUUUAUAAUCAUGCAGCCGCCACUCCCAUCAUCUUGGACAUACCAUUCCGAGUUGAUUAAAGCUGCUCGUCAAUCAUCUGAUGACAUCUCAAUUUAUGGCUUUAUCACAUCAAAGCCUACUUGGCCAUCAUGGCUGCUGAUCUCCGCAAUUCUACUCUCACUUGCUGCAGUGACCUCCAUCAUCCCGAUCAAGUACAUAGUCGAGCUAAGGAUGAUUUUCUCCAUUGCCAUGGGAAUCGCUCUUGGUGUUUAUAUAUCUGCCGAAUACUUCCUUCAGGCAACAGUUUUACAUAUCCUUAUAGUCGUGACGAUGGUUUGCACCUCUGUAUUUGUGGUAUUCACACAUCUCCCCUCUGCCUCAAGCACAAAACUCCUACCUUGGGUGUUUGCUUUGCUUGUGGCUCUAUUUCCGGUGACAUAUCUGUUGGAGGGUCAGGUGCGGAUCAAAACCAUCCUUGCAGAAAGUGGAGUCGGGGAUGUGGGUGAGGAAGACAGUAAGCUGACCGCAUUGUUGGCAGUCGAGGGGGCAAGAACUUCUCUACUUGGCUUGUAUGCAGCCAUUUUUAUGCUUAUAGCACUCGAGAUUAAGUUCGAGCUGGCCUCACUCAUGCGCGAAAAGGCCACCGAGAGGGGUGGUCUUCGACAUAGUCAAUCCGGUCAAAGCAGCAACUCGCUUGCUACUUUCCCUCCUAAGAUGAGGUUCAUGCAGCAACGCCGAGUGUCUACCGUGCCGGCGUUUACAAUCAAACGGAUAGCUGCAGAGGGGGCAUGGAUGCCAGCCGUAGGAAAUGUUGCAACCAUCAUGUGUUUUGCCAUAUGCCUCAUACUGAACGUAAAUCUUACAGGCGGGUCCAACCGUGCAAUAUUCUUCUUGGCGCCAAUACUUUUGCUGCUUAACCAGGAUUCAGAUUUUGUCGCUGGAUUUGGGGAUAAGCAGCGGUAUUUCCCGGUGACAGUAGUGAUAUCAGGUUAUCUGGUAUUGACUUCGGUUUACAGCAUAUGGGAAGAGAUAUGGCAAGGUAACGUGGGUUGGGGGAUGCAAAUCGGAGGUCCCGAUUGGUUUUUUGCGGUAAAAAAUUUGGCGCUUUUGAUUCUAACGUUCCCGAGCCACAUCAUGUUUAACCAAUUUGUGUGGAGUUACACGAAGAGGAACGACUCGAUGCCGUUGCUUACGAUACCGCUUAAUAUGCCAUCAUGCAUAAUAACAGAUGUGGUGAAGAUCAGGAUAUUGGGGCUGUUAGGAAUUAUAUAUUCCUUGACCCAAUAUCUAAUAUCCAGACAACAAUAUAUGUCAGGAUUGAAGUACAUCUAGGAGGUUUACCUACACAGAAAGAGAAAAAUUUAGAGGAACAUUUGUACAAUUAUGUUUUUGGUCAUUUCGGAUUCACCCAAGUAAACCUAUGGCUUCUCUUUUUCUGCUAAAUGUUAAAUUGUGCUAGACCUAGUGGUUUGUAGAUUGGGGUGGAUAGAACCAUAAAUAUGGACUCUUUCGUGAAUUAUUCAUAAUGAAUAGCUUUAAAGUUCAAGAAC